AAUAAAGUGAAAUCACGAGGGUAUGUAAUAACCUGGUGGAGGGCACAGAUCUGACUGACCGAAAACCAAACUUUUUCCCCGCUCUGAAAAACGACCCCUCGCCGGAAGGAACCUUCAACCAGCUACUUCAACCACUGCCGGUGAAGACAUGUUGAAUUUCUCUUGAGAUUCCACCGGAAUCACGGCCUCUGCCCCUUGUUGCGGUAGAUAUACGAGCUCCGGCGAGGAGGCAGCAUCAUUUCAGCAGCUGCGACGGAGGCGGCGACGAUGCACAGCAAUCUCAGAUCCUCCGCCGCAAUGCCUCAUCGGAAUAACCCUAAGCCUCUCCCCUUGGUUGUUACUCUCAACUGCAUCGAAGAUUGUUCGCUGGAACAGGACUGUCUGGCCGGCGUUGCGGUGGUGGAGCAUGUGCCGCUCAGUCGUUUGGCGGACGGGAAAAUCGAGUCGGCUGCGGCGGUGCUUCUUCACUCGCUUGCGUACCUCCCGCGGGCUGCUCAGCGCCGGCUCCAUCCUUACCAUCUUAUCCUCUGCCUUGGCUCUGCUGACCGCUCCGUCGACUCCGCUUUGGCUGCGGAUCUCGGCCUUCGUUUGGUUCAUGUCGAUACUUCCCGAGCGGAGGAGAUCGCCGACUCUGUCAUGGCGCUUUUCCUCGGCUUGCUUCGCCGUACUCACCUACUCUCGCGCCAUACACUCUCGGCUUCGGGAUGGCUUGGGUCUGUUCAGCCUCUUUGCCGUGGAAUGAGGCGGUGUCGAGGAUUGGUUCUGGGAAUAGUUGGUAGAUCUUCUUCAGCUAGGGCUUUGGCUACGAGGAGCUUAGCCUUCAAGAUUAGCGUGCUUUAUUUUGAUGUCAAUGAUGGAAAGGUGAGCAAGUCUACAAUAACAUUCCCAUCUGCUGCUCGAAGAAUGGAUACUCUCAAUGAUUUGCUUGCUGCAAGUGAUCUUAUAUCACUUCACUGUGCCCUUACAAACGAUACAGUUCAGAUUAUCAAUUCUGAAUGUCUGCAGCAUAUAAAGCCUGGGGCAUUUCUUGUUAAUACUGGUAGCAGCCAAUUAUUGGAUGAUUGUGCUGUGAAACAACUUCUGAUUGACGGAUCCUUGGCUGGCUGUGCUCUGGAUGGUGCUGAGGGGCCACAGUGGAUGGAAGCAUGGGUGAAGGAAAUGCCAAAUGUUUUGAUACUUCCACACAGUGCAGAUUACAGUGAAGAAGUUUGGAUGGAGAUCAGGGAGAAAUGCAUCUCCAUAUUACAAACAUUCUUUGUUGAUGGGGCAGUUCCUGAGAAUGCCAUAUCUGACGGGGAUGAAGACGAAAGUGAAGUUAGUGAGGUAAAAGAACAGUCUGAUGGCCGAGGCAGGGAAGGCACCCUUCAGCUUGCAGUUGUUGAGCAGUUGACUGAUGAUAACCGCUUAACUUCAGAGAGCUCCCAGAAGAAAGGGUUGACUCUCUCAACUGAGACUUCCAGUCAGCCUCAGAGUUCCAGUUUGUCCCAGACUACUGUCACCCGGUCUGAUGGAAGACGCAGUAGGUCUGGUAAGAAAGCCAAAAAAAGGCAUACACGUCAAAAAUCUCAACAAAAGUUAGACGAUUCUCUUGUUUUAGAAAAAGAAAGCACCUCUCACCGAGAGGAUGAUACUGCUAUGAGUGGCACAGAUCAAGUAUUAAGUUCAAGUUCUCGAUUUGCUUCCCCCGAUGAAUCAAGAAACAGGAAAGUGCCUAUGGAGUCUAUGCAAGAAUCUACCUCAGAUCCAUCACUUAAAUCCAGCAAAAAACUAGUUAGAAAGUCAAUUGAUCAGCUGAAAGACGGCUAUGUUGUAGCCAUAUAUGCUAGAGAUCGUCCUGCACUCCAUGUAUCCCGGCAAAGAGUUAAAGGUGGCGGUUGGUUUCUUGAUACCAUGACAGAUGUGACAAAAAGAGACCCUGCUGCACAGUUUCUUGUUGUUUUCAGAAGCAAGGACACAAUUGGUCUACGAUCUCUAUCUGCUGGCGGGAAGUUAUUGCAGAUCAAUCGUAGAACGGAGUUCGUAUUUGCUAGCCACAGUUUUGAUGUUUGGGAGAGUUGGACGCUUGAAGGUUCUCUGGACGAAUGUAGGCUGGUCAAUUGUAGAAACCCAAUGGCACUUUUGGAUGUGCGCAUCGAGGUUCUGGCAACCGUAGGCGAUGAUGGAGUAACUCGCUGGUUAGAUUAGAAGUCUUCAAAAUUUCCACCCCAUUUGUCCACUAAUUCAAGGCUUUGAAGUUGUUGGCUUUAUGCUCAGCCUGUGGAUGAAUGAGUGUACUUUGUAAUCUAUUUUAGAGUUUUACUGAGAUUUCUUAAAGAUUGAACGCACUUUCUCCCUCAAGUAGAUCUCUAAGUGUAAAUCUAUGUCUUUGCUUUAUGGGGAGCUUCAUACAAAAAAUUCUCGAUGUCUCUCGAGUCUGAACCUUGGGGUGGGUGUGGGUGCCCUUAAGUAUAGGAGAGCAAAACUUCGACUCAUAGUAUAAUAAAAAAAAAAAAACUAUGUCUUUGCUUAAUCCUCAAGUCAAAGUUGAUGGUAGGUUAGGUGAAGCUUUUUAAACAACUUUUGGCCUUCAAAGCACAUAAUUCAAAAACAUGUCCAUUAACCUUGAAAAAUGCUAACUUAAAGUUGAAGCUUGUAUUCUCAAACAUAAACAGUCCUUACCCAUAUUUCCACCCCAUUUUUAGUGGAAGAUGAGUAUUGUGUACCUAAUAUUAUUUAUUAUUUUAUGUGUGUGGACACAAUUAGGUCAAUGAGAUACAUGGUUUACGUUUAUGAGUGCUUGAAAAGUCUGGAUUUUUGUUGGAAAAGGUAAAUUAGGCGGGAAAUGCCAACCUUAGCUUGAUUCUGUUUUUUAUUUUUUCUUUUUUGGAGUUCAAUAACUUGUAGGGGCAGAAGUUCGAAUUUUCAACCUUUUGGUCGAAAAUGGUCGGUGACUUCUACCUGUUCCUUUUUUACAAAUCUAUUCCAUGAAAUGAAGUCAAUAUCCAUCCUCCCCCGAGGAAUCACCUUGUCAGUUUCUCAUUACUUCACUUUACUUAUAUUUCUGCCUAUUCUUUUAUGAGGUAGAAAGUUGACCAGGUUUGACUCCAAUUAUUACGGCGAGUAUAGGUUUGUUAUCAUAUGGUAAUGACGAAACUGUUAUACAUCUCCUGUUGAAAUUUUUGUUCA